CGAAUAUACCGAUACGCCGCAGGUGAACGUGUCGCUAUACGUGUGUACAUGUGUACAAUGUCACACGUUUGUCAAAUGUUACGCAACAUUCUCGAUACGAAGAUGCGAUAACGGACGAAUUCCAGUAGACGGUGUAAACAAGUGUAUGAGAGUGAACCUUUUUACUCGUUCGACGCGAAGAAUCAUGCGAUAGCGACUGUUUAACUUGCAUUUACAAAACGAUAAAAAAUCAAAAAUCAACGCGCCUAUUUUGACGAGCCUUUAAUUUCAACGAAACAAAUUUGUAGAAUAACUCAGCUUGUUUAGAAUAAUGUCACCCAACGGGAUAUUGAGUAUACUUGAAGUUAAUGCUCUACCCACGGAACAGUUUGAAUGGCUUUUUGGAAACGUGAUCGAACACUGUCCAGAGGCGGCUGGAUGGGUGGCAACAAAACGGCCGUUUCUUUCGACGGAAUCGUUGCGAAAUGCCUUCGAUGAUUAUUUGGACAAGCUGAAGAACCACGAGAAGGAAAACGUACUGAUCAAGCAUCCAGAUUUGGCGGGUAAAUUGGCCGAGGAGGGAAAAUUGACCACCGAGUCACAGAACGAGCAAAAGUGUGCAGGACUCGACGAGAUGACGCGAGAAGAAAAACAAACGUUAGCGAAUCUCAAUGCCAUGUACAAAGAAAAAUUUCACUUUCCAUUUGUCAUAUGUGCCCGGGAAAAUAAAGUGGCAGCGAUUCUGAGCGGCAUAGAAAAUCGUUUGAACAAUUCUCCCGAGACGGAACUUGAGGUCGGGAUUCAAGAAGUCAAAAAGAUAUGCAGGAUUCGCCUGCUAGACGUCGUCUGGUCGGAUGCUCGAUAAAUUUGUUAAAGUAAUUUGUUCACUUGUCUCAUACACAUGGACAAUUUUUACUUUUUCUGCUCGGAGAUAACAUGCGGAUU